AACAUUGUUAGUCCCAACGUCAUUGUUGCUUCGUUCAAAUAUUUAGCGGAACAAUUAGAGCAGGAUGGAGGAAGUCUGGCAGGGAAAGAGGGAAGAUCAAAAUGGCGCGGGAUCGGAACGCUGGAACGCUGCCGUUAGAAACAUAUCAGAGAUGACAUCCACUGUCGACUCAUUGCAAAAUCUUCUGCUCAGAAAGGCGGUUUAUGCCGACGAAGAUGCAUUUGCACAGGCCUCUGCUAAUUCAAUUCAGGCCCGCAAUGCCCUCGCUCUUGAAAGGCGGGUAAAGACAUUAGAAAAGGAGCUGGAUGCAGCCAUUUCUGCAUCUGUUCAUGCACGGACAGAAAAGAGACAAGCUGAAGCUUCUCAGCGUGCUGCUGAAGCGCGCACCCAAGAGGUUCUAAAGGAGCUUGAAAACACAACAAAGGUUUUUAAAAUACAUACGGAGGAGUUGCGUGCCAAGCAAGAGGAGAUAGCAAAGAAAGAUGGUGAAAUCAAGGUUUUGCAAGCUAUUAUUCAGACUCUUACCAGUAAUGGGCCAUCUCGUAAAUCAGAUCAGAAAUGAUUCAUCACAGUGAAACAUAAUAUAUUUUGUUUUGAUUAUUUACUGGACGACGCUACAGCAGAGGGGUUUGUGGUCACUGCCAACAAAUCUGCUGAAUAGUAUUAGUGCUCCUCUACUCAAGUCUUACCUUAAUAUCAAGGAAGCACUGUGUUUUAUCUGCUCAUUCAGGGAGAGAUAUUUUUUGUGAUGUUAAUUGAGAUUCUCUGUUGUAUCAUUCUUGAUGGCUCUGUUCAAUGUACCUUUGGUACAUCCAUUAAUGGAGAAUAAUAAUAAAUGAAAACUUGUAACCUGGUACCAAGCGAGUACAUCCAUUAUAUUAAUGGCUCAUGUAUUUGUAUAAAUUUGUCCUUCAAAUUAAAUGAGUUUUCAUAAUUAUUUGUCAA